GGUGCCGAAUCUUCUCCUCCAGGUCGCAGUUCUUUAGCCUUUCAGCUGACUCCUGUCAGUCCACUCACGCAUGGUCGCAUCGAGGGCGACUGGCCAUUGCAUCAGCUCCCCUCGGCUGGCCUCCUAGCCAGCGAUGAAGAUACUCUGGCCGCGUGCUGUGGCUCUAGUUCUUUGCCUGCUGGACUACAGGGUCUUUCGCCAAUCUCGUCAAGCAGUCGACAAGCUGCUGCACCAGGCUUCUUUGCUGCUACUGCUGCCAAUUCUCUUGCCUCUGAUGGCGCGACUCACGAUGCUGACUCUGAUAGCCCCAAUCCCGAUGUUCAUGAGCCCCACUGCUCUGGGGCGUUUAAUUGCUGCCUCUGUCCUACAUGUGGAAGCCAGACUCCUUCAGCCUCAGGACCUGCUCCUUCCAUUCUACAUGGCCGCCUUCCAGCCAGCCCUGACCUUUCUCCGAUUUUAUCCCCAAUCCGACCCACCCACGAACAUCCAUUUGCGGAAUUUCAGUCGGCGUCUUCGCAAAAACUGGGUGCCAUUUUCCCAAAGACAGACCUUGGGUGGAGGACCGGACCUCAUUUCCUUCCGGACUCGCAUGCGGGCCAAGAUAAACCUGCCAUAAAUGCUCAGAUGGCAACUAAUAUUGCCACUAGUACAUCACAGGAGUACGCAGUCGCCUCUACACGCCUUGCUGGUCCCUGUCUUUCACCGGACCGGGUCUUCUCUCCCGAGCCUCUCAGCCCUUCGCUUGUGGACGCUGCUAGUAAUACCACGUCCCCUGACGGAUGGUCUGUCCCUAAUGCAGAACAAGUCUCAUGUGAUAGGGCAAUGUCGCUUGCUACAUGUUCGAUUCUCACCACGGCAUCUGAAUGCAGUAUGAUGGACCAAGACUGA